AUGAAAACUUUAGAAAAUAAAGUUGAUUCGCUAAUCGAAACAAAAAAAAAAUAUGAAAAAUUAUCACAAGAACAUGAAAAACUUAAAAACGAAUGUGAAGAAAUUAUUAUAAGAAUGUUGGAAGAAAGUUUAAAUAACCUUAAUAAUCCAUCACCUGAAAAUGAGACAACAAAUAAAAAAUUCGAAAGACUUGUAGAAACAAAAAUACAUAUAUCUGACGAAUUAAUAUAUGAAUUUAUCGAUAAAUGUCUUGAAGAAUAUAAUGAAAAACAACACGAAAAAAAAUUUGAAAGUCUUAAACUUCCUCAUAUAAAAAAAAAUAUUCUUACUUUUAUUAAAGAGGAUGCGUAUAAUUUAACAGUAGAAAAUACAUCAGAUUUUAUAUACAGACAAUUUAAAUAUGAAGAUAUUAAAGGUGUCUAUGUAUCAUAUUAUCGCUCAAAACAUGUAAAUAGAGAUCAUGUAGAAG